AUCGCCGUCUGGAGUCCAAGAAACUUUCUCUCCCAGAGAGAUUGAAGCCUUGGCAGCGAGUGGGAGGAAAAGGCGGGGGGGUGGGGUGGGGGUGGGGGGAGACAGACAUUAGGAAGGGAGCUGCCGGCCUGUGGCGACGGAGGCCGGGGCCCGGGACGAUGAUCAAGCUGAGCCGGAAGACGCGCUCGCUGCUGGCGCUGGCCUUGAACUCGCUGGCCCUCUGCUUGGCCGUGUCGGCCUUCGCCACCAGCUACUGGUGCGAGGGGACGCACAAGGUGGUCAAGCCGCCCUGCCUGUCGGCCAUCAGGCAGGGCAACUGCGUGCCCGUCGGGGCCAACGAGACGGAGGCCGGGAACGCCACCCUGGACCCCAACGUGGUGCAGUACAUCUGGGAGACGGGCGAGGACAAGUACGCCUUCCGCUACUUCCACACCGGCUUCUGGCUCUCCUGCGAGGAGCACCACGGAGACGAGAUCUGUCGCAGUUUCAUAGAGCUGCCCCCUGAGUCGGAGAAAGGGGUGCUGUGGCUGUCGGUGGCGUCGGAGUUCCUGUACAUCGCCCUGCUCAGCGUCGGCUUCGUGCUCAUGGGCCUGGACGCCACCUGCUACGCGGACUUCAUCGCCGGGCUGAAGAUUAACGCCUUCGCCGCGGUGAUCACCGUGCUGUCGGGCCUCCUGGGCAUGGUGGCCCAUAUGAUGUACAUGACGGUCUUCCAGGUGGCCGUCAACCUGGGGCCCAAGGACUGGAGACCCCAGACCUGGUUCUACGGCUGGUCCUUCGGCAUGGCCUGGCUCUCGUUCACGCUCUGCAUGUCGGCCUCGGUGCUGACCCUCAACACCUACACCAAGACCCUGCUGGAGUUUCAGUACCGGCGCCGGACCCGCGAGCAGCAGAGCCAGCGGGGGCCGCGCUCGCCCGGCCUGGCGCCCGACCUCGAGCGCUUCCUGUGGGACAAGUACGUCUUCAGCGUCAGCGGCUCGCUGGACUUCUCCCCUGGCCGCGCCCGCCCCGCCGCCGGGGGGUGCAAGGGCCGCGGCGGGGGCUACGCCGGCCUGGCCGGGGAGCGCUGUGGGGAUGCCGGCGACCCAGACGAUGGCGAGCCCUGCUAGGGGGUGGGGGAAUUGACCGUCCCUGGCCCCCCUUAUCUCCACAGUCCUACUCUCCCCCCACAAUCAAACCUCCCUUCCCCCCCCAGAUCCCUUCCCCCAUUCAUGCCCCUUUCCCCUCUCCCUCCCCAAUCCAUGUCCCUUUCCCCUCCCCCCCCCAAUUCCCUCCCCAAUGGGGAUGCUGGGUGGGGCAGGCCGGGCAGCCCCAGGGUGCCUCUGAGCCCAGAGCCCCCUAGUGGGGACGCGGGGCAGUGCAGGCUGGGGCAGCCCCAGGGUCCCUCUGAGGCCAGAGCCCCCUACUGGGGACGUGGGGCAGUGCAGGCUGGGGCAACCCCAGGGUCCCUCUGAGGCCAGAGACCCCUACUGGGGACGCUGGGCAGUGCAGGUUGGGGCAGCCCCAGGGUCCCUCUGAGGCCAGAGACCCCUAGUGGGGACGCCGGGCAGUGCAGGCUGGGGCAGCCCCAGGGUCCCUCUGAGGCCAGAGCCCCCUAGUGGGGACGCCGGGCAGUGCAGGCUGGGGCAGCCCCAGGGUCCCUCUGGGCCCAGCAGCCUCAGUCCAGAACUGGGAGCGAUCCCGGCCCCAGCCGCGGGCCCCAGAGCAGGAACCGAGCGGGAGCGACUCAGCCUGGUGGCGGCAGCGAGGGGCUCGCACAGGUGGUGGGGAUGUAACAGCCAGAAGCUGGAGCUGGGGAGCGAGGCACCUGCAGGCCGCCCAGGGGCCAUCACUGUGGGGGGCGGGUGGGUGGGUGUGUGGCCGCUACCAGGGCAGCAAGGGGGAGAAAUGUCACCCUGAGUCCUGCUGGUGUCACCCCCUCUGGGAAUUCCUCUGGGGUCCCCGUGACACCGAGUGGCCAUGUGGGGAGCAGGGUGCCAGUGCCCCUCGCUCCCGACCCGCAGCCCCCUGCUAGCCCAGCCCUGGUGCCUCUCAAGCCCCAAACACCCCCCCCCCCCCCAGCUCUCCUGAUGCGUGUGGCAGGGGUGUGUAACUGCUGUUUGGUUCUCAUACGGCAGCUCCCAUCUGGGGAGAUCAGAGGUCGUACCACUCC